CUCCAGAGGACUCCCAAUCGUGUGCAACUGCAGCCCGCAAUUCGGGGCGUUUAUGCAUGUGGGGAAUCCUGCACCGUUUCUUCCUCUUUUGGAAAGUCCCUGAAAUGUAGACAGCCUCCUUUUCAUAAGACAAGGAUAGAUUGUUUCAUUUUUACUCUGGUUGUUUUCCUAAACGGAGAGACAUACCGUCCAUCUGGAUAAUUUGCAGGAGUCUUUCCUACCAAACCUCCUGGGUGUCAUCAUGAGUGUGGUAACAUCCAGUCUAUCAGGUGAUCAGGAGAAGAAGCUGCUUUCUCUGUUCGGCCAUGUCAGACUCAGUCUGCUCUACAAAGCCAGUGUCCAAGGCUACACGGCAGCUGCCUUUCACGCACGCUGCAACAGCCAGGGACCCACUGUAGUCGCUGCCUACAACAAGGCUGGCUUCCUGUUCGGAGCCUACACCAGCAAAGACUACACUCAGAAUGGACAGCCUAUUAAUGACGACAAAGCCUUCCUCUACAGCAUCAAUGACGAAAGAAAAAAUCCACUGCGUGUGUCUAGUGCCAAUGGCCAGUAUGGUUUCACAGAUGAAAACACUGGCCCGAAUUUUGGUGCCUUGGUGUUUCUGUUCAAUGACACAGCUACAGUCCAAUAUAACGCAGGGAACAGCUACAACUUUGAUGCAGCACAUAUGCAUGGCGACGACCUGCAGCUGACUGAAUGUGAGGUGUACAGAGUGGAAGACUUGGGAGGUUGUUUGACAAAGCCUUGGAGAAACAUGCAGUGGACCUCUGAGAGGAAACGGCAGUUGAAGGAGAAAAUCAAGAACUAUAAGCCUGAUGUCAAGUCAGUGAGUCAGGCCCGGGUUCUCCUCGUGGGUCCUGUUGGGGCUGGCAAGUCCAGCUUCUUCAACUCUGUCAACUCUAUCUUCAGAGGAAACAUGACCAGUCAGGCCAUCUGUGGCAGCGCAGGCACAAGCCUGACCACCCAGUUCCGUACCUUCACCAUCAAGUCGGGGAAGAGUGGUGAGCCUAUACCCCUGAUCCUGUGUGACACUAUGGGACUGGAGGAGGCGUCAGGAGCUGGCUUGGACAUGGAGGACAUAGUCAACAUUUACAAAGGCCAUGUUCAGGACCGUUACCAGUUUAAUCCCAUGACGCCCUUGAGUGAAGAUGUACCUGGGUAUCGUAAGCAUGUCAGUCUGAAGGAUCAGAUCCACUGUGUAGUGUACGUGGUGGACGCCUGCAGAGUCUCUCUGAUGUCUGCCAAAAUUGUGGAGAAGUUUGCCACCAUUCGCAAGAAGACCAAUCAGAUAGGUAUUCCCCAACUGGUGUUAAUGACCAAAGUGGACGAGGCCUGCCCCCUAGUGUCAGAAGAGCUGCAGAAUGUUUAUACGAGCCAUUACAUACAAAGGAAGAUCCAGGAGUUGAGUGCAUCCCUGGGCAUUCCUGUGUCCGGUAUUCUGCCAGUGAAAAACUACAGCCAGGAGCUGGAGCUGAAUCAGAACACUGAUAUCCUGCUACUCAGUGCUCUGGAUCAGAUGUUGAACUAUGCUGACAGCUUCUUCGAAAACCAGCCUGAACAGGAAGAGCUCUAACCCUCUUCACAGUCCCACUGUCAAGUGUCAAUACUCUGAAGACAAUUUUUUUUUUUUGCAAUCCCAUAUUAUUUUGUAACUGUGCAAGAUAUCCAUAUUUAUUUUGGUACAUGUUAUCAUGCAAGUGGACAUUAUCAUUAUUUUUUGUGGAUAUUAUAACACGUUGCUCAUUCUUACUGCUAUUUUAACUUAGACAAUUUUUUUUGUGACCUUUUCACGUGACAUGAAAAACACCUGGCCCUAAUGUUCCUUUAACAUCUUAAUUCAGUUUGUGAUAGAGCUUUGAUGUGACAGUGCAAAGCAAAUUCAAGGUCGCAUUUGCCUUCUUUCAAGCAGUAGUAACGUACCUAAACAAUGCAUGCAUGUACCAAUGCAAACGGACUGUUCCCCAAUUGAGUAAAGGGUUAAAGGGCACGGGGUGGGGCCUAGUGAAUAAUCUUCUGACAAAGCAACUCUACCUGUGUACUUUUCGAAGCGUUUGUAUGCAAGUACCCCAGAGCACAGUAAAGUUGCAUCACUGUAAUUUGAAAGCAUUGUUUAUGUAGAGAGUUUUACCGUAAUAUCGUAUGUUAUUAAUUCUAUUCUUGGUAACGCUUUAGGCUUGGGUGAUGACACAGUGCACUGCAUAUUGUUGGUUGAUUGACAAAUUGAGUUGUUGUCCAGAGGACGAAAUAUUGCCUUUCUAUGGCUCCUGUCACCAUAUUCACUGAACUAGGAUAAGACGCAACAUGACCAAUUCAUAGUGCCACAGUGUGUGCAUUCAAAAACAAUAAACAUAAAACAUGAGAUAAACAGUGAGAUGAAGAGAGGUUCGUUUUGAAGCCACCUGGUGGCAUUGCGAAAAGGGCCGUGGUUACUAUACUGCAAUAGUUUGGAGUCCUUGGAGUUACUACUGUAAAUUGGAAAGUAAACAAAAACACUGUACUGAAAGGACUUAUUUGACAGGUGUUGUCAAGUUGGUGUCUCCGCAUGGUAUGUAAUUAUGAUAUUUCACACAUUCUAAAACCACAAAUCAUCUCUCACAGAUGCAUGUGCAAAUAUGUACACACACACACAGGUAGUUUCACAUUUGUGGUCAUUUGUUUUAUAUAUGUUUCCUAUAUUGUUCAAUACAUUGAUCCAAUCUCAUUUCCUGCUGUGCAUUAUUGAGAUGUUACAUGCUGUACAAAUAAUA